AUGAACACGGACAACCUUCCCUUCAACGGGGAUGCCAUCCGUGGCCAUGUUUGCAGCUGCGACUUUACGCAGGGCGCAGCGAGGGCCUCGGAGUUUGAAUCGUGGCUCGGCAAGCGGCCGGGCUUCCACGAGAUGGCUGAUGCCAAGACGAAAGCUGCGGCGUUCAUUGCUGUGACCGUCCAGCGAGCCUGCCACAACUCCUUCAUUGAGUGGGCGAAAGGUGACAAUGCCCACGCACAGUACACGGUGUCCAGCGUCAUUUUCGUGGCUCAGAUCAUUUGUGUCGCGAUCGGUUGGGUGCUGGCUCACAGCACAGGGGGCCAGGCCGAUUUGAAGAAGUGCUUUGACACAGGCAAUCUCACGAGGUUUGCCCACAUCGGCCUUAUCUACGCUCUCGGAGACAUCUUCGAGAUGGAGUCCGUGAAUUACAUUGACUCCUCGACAUAUACCGUCCUCUCCCAGUCAAAGCUGAUCAUCACGGCGAGCCUGAUGUGGCUUCUCGAUGGCUCCGCCCAGAGCAUGAUGCAGUGGUUCAUUCUCUUCACGACCUCCUCCGGUAUGCUCGAGUACGUCCUCGUCGGCAAGGCCAGGGGAGGGGCCAUGACCUUCAGCGCCUUCGGCGUUUGCCUUGCCAUCGUCAAGGUCUGCAUCAGCUGCUACGUGGCGGUGCUGAACACCAAAGCGCUCAAGCGGGAUAGCAACCCGUUCCCGGUGCAGUUUUCUUGCCUGAAGGUCUCUUGGGCCUUUGCCAGUCUGGUGUACAUGGUGGUGAAGGACGGCAUCUUGGGUGAUGGCAUGUUUGGGGAAUGGACCCACCGCACCGUGGUCCUGGUCUUCUGCGGAUUUAUCCUGAAGACCCUUUUCAACCAGUACUUGCUGAAGGUGUUGGAUGCCAUCUGGAAGAACAUCAGCGAGGCCAUCGGCGUGAUCCUUGUGUACUUCGGACGCGUCCUCUUCCUGGGAGGAAAGUACGACCCCACCGUCUUCAACGCUGGUGUCACCGUUGUCCUUGCUUGCAUUGCCUACGUCCUGUCCAAGGAGGCCAAAGCCAAGAAGAACGAUGUUGGCGAUGACCUCAACCCUGCCAUGUACCCGGACCUCACGACGUCUCUGCUGCGACACCGCCGUCCGUGA